AUGAGCGAAUCCGACCACCGCAGAAGAAACCCGUUUGCUGGUGCUGCCCGAGAAGGUGACAAUCGACCUGACGCUGGGGACGACUCCGAAGGUCACGAGAAUGAUGGUGAAAAUCUGGGCGAAGAGGUCCCGUCCGCGAUGACGGAAUCGUACAGUGAAAUCGCUUACACCCACAACUUGUUCGCUGGUACAGCAGCGGAAGAAACGGAUGGCGGUGCCAGCAACGGUAACCAACCGGAUGGAUCGUCAUCAUCCUCAUCCUCUUCACAGACAAAGAAACGACCCGAUUCGUUGGUGUGCGAUGGACGGAAAGCCUCAUUUCCGUACAAUCUCGAAGGCACUGUACGGGUGGAUGGUAACAUGACACACUUUGUGGCAGAAAACUUGGAGUACAAAAUAAAGCUAGCCAGCCCGGUAACGGUGACGCGAAAGGAUUCGUGCAAUCUGUCCAGCUCUCGGCAAAGCACACCAUCUGCUGCAACGGGCGGCGGGCUUAGUGGAUUGAGCUUUGCGCCCGGGACGAGUGGUGCUAAUCUAUCUCUGCCCGGUAGCAGUAGUGGUGCUUACGGGCGAGGAUCGGCAGCGUACGGAGGUGGAUUUGUCGCCACCAACCCGGCCUCGGCAUCAUCGGUCGAUCCGAACGUGCUGAAUGAAAUCGAACGUGAAGCACAAGCACUGGCAGCAUCGGUGGACAAUUUGUCCGAAAGCUUGUGCAGCGUGCUGCAUUCAAUCUCCUCGAUAACGGCGGACAAUGUGGAGAUUUACAAAAACUCCGUCACGAAGCUAACGGACUGUAUGGACGGCAAUAUCAAGUGUAUGUACACGAUAAUGGCCAAAGCGGAGGAAAUUUCCAAAACAAUCAAACCGGCCGAAGCGCUAGCGGUUCGAAUACGUGAAAUUAAAAGACUUGUCGAUAUGCUGGAGAGCAACGUUUAG